UAACAACAACAACAACAACAUGAACAACGAAGACGAUCGUUCCUCUUAUCUUAGUUUUUAUGCAUCAGCUGUUCUGGCCUCCGUUCCCGAAUCCCGAUAGCUACCUACCUACUAUCGCAAUCGAACUUUCGCACGUUUCAAGUUUUCAACUUGUAAGUUCAAACGAAUAAUACACAGUGCGCGACGCAUCCACAAACAUUUAACACUGGAUAUUAUUAUUAUUUUUUUUUUGUUUUUGGUUUCUUUUCUGAUUGUAAUUUUCACGCUUUAUUUCUAUUUUCCCGUGAUUUAAGUGGCGCGUUUAAUAUUCCGCCCGCCUUUCGGACGUCUAUCCAUCCGAUCGUCACUGAAAUGAAUAUCAUCUUCUCGACAAUAUGAGCUUUUUUUCUAUAUUUUCAAAGAAUAAUAAUAGCUCUUCAAAUACACCAAAUAAACAAUCGAAGAAUAUAUUAUCAAGAAUGGUUGAUCAAGACUUAGUAUUACAGGAAAAAUUAGAAAAAUUAGAAAAACAAAAAAAUUUAAGGAAACAGAAUCUACUCAAUGAAGAAAAAAAUAUUAAAGAAUCUGAAGAAAAUAAAAUUCGUCUUCUUCAGAAAAAUAGCAACAAUGAUAAACUGAUUCAAUUUUUAUUAACUGAUGAAGAAACUACCAAUCAGUUAGUAUCUUCAAUUCAAAAGGAUAAUCUACUAAAACACAAACAAUUUUUAAAUCAUUUAAAAGAUGUCGAAAAAACAUCAAAAGAAUUAAUAAAUAAUACUCUUAACUUAAGCCAAUCAUUUAAAAUGAAUUAUUAUGAAAAGUAUAGUAAAUGUGAUAAAAUUAAACAUAUCAAUCAUGAUGAUGAAUUAAAAAUAAGAAAAACUGACAAAGAAUUUACAUUAAAAGUUGAACAAAUAAUCGAAGAAGUGAAUAUGCAACGUUGUUUACUUGUAAAUAAAUUGUCAAAUAAUGAUUCAUAUGAAAUGGAAAAAUUAACUCAUCUUCUCAAUACAAGCAAUUGUUACCGUCAAGUUCUAAAAGAACAUUUGAAGUCUAUGUAUAAUCAGCUCAAAUAUUUAACUGCUGUUGAAUUACAAAAGCAAAACUCUCAGCUCAAUAAGCAAAUAAAUAAUUUAUGCAAUGAAAGAAUUACAAUUACAAAAUUGCUUGUGGAUUUUCUUGAUAAAAAAAACCAAAAUCAAAAAUGUUUAAUUCAAGAAUUAGAAGCUCAAAAUGUUGAAUUUGAUACAACUACAAAAUGGUUAUUACAGUAUUCAAAACUGGUUAAUGACAUGCCAUCUGAGUUAACAUUUUCCAAGAAUACAAUUGACCCAACAUUAUUACACAGGGUGUGUACAGCUGGUGGUGGUCAUCUUCUGUUAUUUAUUUUGGAGAAUGAUCUGAUAUUACCAUUGACAAAAGAAUACCUUGCAAAAAUGGGUGUUAAUAGCUGUGAUGAUCAAGCAAUAUUAAUAAAUACAUUAAAUUAUUUUCCUAUACCGUCUGCUCCAACCGAAAAUGAGUUUCCUCCAUCAGCUCCAUUUUUAGAGGAAGUUGAAUGUAUUAUCUGCAUGGAAACAAAGUUUGACGUAUUGUUUAUUCCUUGUGGACACUUGUGUUGCUGUUGGAAGUGUGCAGAACAAAUAUCAUUGUGCCCUAUGUGCAGAACUGAAAUCUUACAUAAAUUUGAUGUUAAAAAUAUAACCUGACUAUUACUUAUAU